UCAACAAGUUGUCGAUUGCGAACAAAAUAGGAAUCGCAUUUCACACAGAGCACUGUUCGAGAUGUCCAUACAUUUGAUGUGUGUCACGUCGGAUGGAGGAGUCCCCAUAUACUCUAAAAAACGAGGCGAUUGUGAAAGCUAUUGCACUGAUAACGCUUGAAUAGUUCAAAUGGUCCAAGGUAUUGGGGAAUGUAGCUACACUUUCUAAUCAUUCACUACCUACAGGAAGGGGACUUCAAUCCAAUGCUAUAUAUUUGGCGGAAAGGUUAUUAGCGGAGUAAUGGCUCCCAUUUUCCACAAUCGCUUCCCUGAAUGGGGUGCACAUGUUCUGCAAAUCACAGAACGUGGAUCUCUCCCUGACCCAUUUGGAAGAUGGCAUGAUAAUCUGGAAAGAGUACGACAGCACCCUGAUGAUGAUUGGCAUUGCGAAAGGAAUCGGAGAGAAGAUUCUUCGCAGCUUGAUGGAUUUUUCCUAUUACGCCAUGGUGUUUUGCGUCGGAAUUUCAGCUAUUAAGAAAAUAAAAAAUAUCGAUCGGUUCAAGCGGGAGCUGAAAAAUUGCUACGCCCUCAUAGACCAACUGCUAGAGGUGGUCGAGAAUGAUUUCUUCCGCUACAACGAAGCUGUGCUGUGCUCGGAAAGUAUGGCCAUGUUGGUGAAACUGAAUGAGUUUAGCAUUCAAAUCGGAUCCCCGUUCUGUUCGGUUUUGAUUCGCCAGAAGGUUGCCUGCGGGACGGAGGGCUGGUGGGAUUUGGACAUAGUGGACCGGAAGUUGCUGAUGGUUCUGUUGAACGCAUCCAGCACCAUCCAGCAAGACGUUCCAGUGUUCCUGCCCAAAAAGAGUCCGGGGAUUGCAUACCGUUUCAUCAGUAUUCCAAUCACGCAAGGAGUGAGUAUUUGCGCCCUCUGCGGGGCAGAACCUGCGUACGACAAACUCCAAGCGCUGAGUCAGCAAUUUUGGAUGAACGAAAUCGAUUUGCUGAUUACAGCCGAACAGAAUUAUCCGAAGAAUUACCCCGCCAGCAUGGAGCUGGACGCUAGCAUCUUGGGGUUUUUGCUUCUCAACAAGCAGCAAUCGAAGUAUGUGAUAUCGAGAAAUGUUCAUCUGACUAGUACAGGAAAAAGAACCCUGUCGGGGAACCAUAGGUUGGACAUACUGCGUACCUUCUUCCACCAGUCAGUGGAUGCUAUGGAGGAUCUGUUCCGAGAGGGAGAUAAAGUCAUGAACUUGGAACAGUACUGGUGUUCUGAUUAUCACAAGUGCCACGCUCUGCUCGAAGGACCAAAUGUUCUAUGCGUGCUCUACACAUCAGCAAUCCCGACCCACAUCAUGAGGUUAGUAACACAAAAAACACUGAAUAUGCUAAUAUCGGAUAAGGAUGUCUGUUGGUAGUGCUACCACUUCGAACAUACAAUGUGGUUUACAUAUUUUGAGCUCUGGUUAAUAUACUUAAAAUGGAAGUGGAAUGAUACUCGCUGAAUAAAACGUACCGGCUAAUGGGCAGCUACUAAUUGUCUUGGCGCUUUUAUGGCGCAGACCGUAAGACUAUAUCACACGACCGGAAUAAUUUAACAACCUAUCGACAGCUUUAACGAAUACAGAUGGGAAUAGAUUGCUAUUAUUGUCUUCACUCCUGAAAAAUAGAUGAAUUAAAGAUAAUAGAUUCGCUAGUUUCAAUAGUAUACUUUGACAGUUUCGUUUGCGUCAUUCCAUAACUAAUUACACAUUAAAGUUAGAUACAUUGAACGAAUAACACGAGACGAUAGAAAACUUAACGGACAGAUUGUAACCGUGAUGUUCAAUGUUUUAUUGUAAUUUUUGGUCACUGAUAAUGUUAAUGUAACAGCCCCUUUUUUCAUACUUGUCGAUAAAUCAAUAGUUAUAUUUGAACGCACACUUAUUCAACAUAUCUAAUGCUGAUAUAAAGAUUAUUGUCAUGCUAAAAGUUUAUCAUUGAGGAUAUCGUUACG